UUGAGACAGCGAGACUGACACCCAUAGAUAUCUUCCCCACCACCUAGAGAGAGAGAAGAAGGAACAAUGGUUAAAACUUCAAAGCUCCGUUUUUGAAAUUGAAAUUGCAUCGUUUUAUUCAUUUAUAUAAUGCCCUUCUUCAUGUGUGUCGUUUUGUAUUUGUAGUUUUUUAAAAGAAGAAAUUGUUACAACUUCCUUCAGCUGUUUUCUUUUCCUAUUUUUGGUUCUGGAGACAAACUUGAUCACUUAUCAACCUUUGACUUUAGGUUCCACUGUUGAAGAAUCUUCUCAUUUUUUAAAAUUAUUAUUAUUAUUAAAGGAGAUUUUUUAGUAGUGUUUCGUUUCUGCUUCAGAAAUUCCAAAGGACCCCAAAACAAAAGAAGGUUUCUUGUGGGGUGGUUUGUGUCUGAUUCUGAAGAAACUUCUUCUGGGUUAUUGUGCUUGAUCCUUUUGAGAGUAAAAAGUCAGCAUUUUUGUGAUUCAAAAAAAGGGGUGAAGGCAAGUGUGUCUUAGCUUGUUCUUCAUUAUUGCUGAUUCUAUAAGCAUUACUGAAGAGUGCUUUGUUGAUGUUGUUGAUGAUGAUGAUGUAUUUGUUUUGAAGAGUUCUCAAAGCAAAGUUUUAUUUAGUGGUUGUUGGUGUGGAGCUACCUUCAUUUGAGGAAUUUCUACUUUACAAUAACACAACAAGUGUAUGUGUAUCUCUUUCACUGACAGAGAGAGAGAGAGAGAGUUACAAGUUUGAAGAUUAAGCCACAGUGAUCUUAGUUGCUUUCUCAGUUUACUCAUUCUUAAAGUGGCAACUUAAUCAUAUUCGUAUUGAUAUUGAUCUGAAGAAUUCUGCUCCUACCAAAUCAUGGUGGAAGGUGGUGGAGGUGAGGUUUCGGUUUCGGAUUCGGUUGAUGAACUUUCGACAGAAGAAUGGUUGUUGAAUGCAGAGAAGCUUGUUCCUGAGGCAAUUGAUAAGGCUAAAGAGGUUAAAGUGUUCCUGGGAAGAUGGAAGAUGAUUGUUUCGAAACUCGAACAGAUCCCUUCGCGGCUGUCGGAUUUGUCGAGCCACCCGUGUUUCGGGAAGAAUGCGCUUUGCAAGGAGCAGUUACAGGCAGUUACAAGGACUCUGAAGGAAUCAAUUGAAUUGGCUGAGAUUUGUUUGAAGGACAAGUUUGAAGGUAAGUUGAAGAUGCAGAGUGACCUUGAUUCGUUAGCCGCCAAAUUGGAUUUGAAUUUGAGGGAUUGCGGCCUCCUUGUCAAGACUGGAGUCCUUGGCGAGGUGGCCCGGCCAGAGGCGGAUGCUGCCACGCAUGGCAACAUCAAAGAAUUGCUCGCUCGCCUCCAGAUCGGGCAUCUGGAGGCGAAGCAUAGAGCAUUGGAUGGUCUUGUGGAAGCAAUGAGGGAAGAUGAGAAGAAAGUUUUGGCGGUUAUGGGGAGAAGCAACAUUGCUGCUUUGGUUCAGUUACUAACCGCCACUUCUCACAGGAUAAGAGAGACGGCAGUUACAGUUAUAUGCUCGCUCGCGGAAUCCGGUAGCUGUGAGAAUUGGUUAGUUUCCGAAGGCGUUCUGCCGCCUCUUAUAAGGCUGGUUGAGUCUGGUAGUUUUGUGGGAAAAGAGAAAGCUGUAAUUUCUCUUCAGAGGCUGUCAAUGUCGGCGGAAACAGCCCGCGCAAUCGUCGGACACGGCGGCGUUAGGCCGUUGGUUGAGCUUUGUCAGACCGGGGAUUCGGUGUCGCAAUCCGCGGCUGCUUGUACACUGAAGAAUAUUUCGGCCGUUCCGGAGGUUAGACAAGCUUUGGCCGAAGAAGGCGUCGUUAAAACAAUAAUCAAUUUGCUUAACUGUGGAAUUCUGUUGGGAUCCAAAGAGUACGCGGCCGAGUGCCUGCAGAAUCUAACUGCAAGCAACGAGAAUCUUCGUAGGAAUAUAAUAACAGAAGGUGGCGUUAUGAGUCUUCUAGCGUAUCUUGAUGGUCCUUUGCCUCAAGAAUCUGCAGUUGGCGCGUUGAGGAACUUGGUAGGAUCUGUCCCGGAGGACACACUCGUUUCGCUCGGCUUCCUUCCAAGAUUGUCUCACGUGCUGAAAUCCGGUUCCCCGGGAGCUCAGCAGGCGGCCGCAGCCGCAAUCUGCCGAGUUUCCAGCACACCGGAGAUGAAAAAGCUAGUGGGCGAAGCCGGAUGCAUACCCCAUCUGGUAAAGAUGCUGGAGGCGAAAUCAAGCAGCGGUAGGGAGGUGGCGGCGCAGGCGAUGGCGAGCCUAAUUAGCGUGUCGCGGAAUCAGAGAGAAGUGAAGAAGGAUGAUAAGAGUGUUCCAAACUUGGUUCAGUUGCUUGAUCCAAGUCCACAGAACAGUGCAAAGAAAUAUGCAGUUUCAUGCUUGGGAUCACUUUCUUCAUGCAAGAAAUGCAGGAAGCUUAUGAUCUCUUAUGGCGCAAUUGGGUAUCUGAAGAAACUCACUGAGAUGGAUAUUCCAGGUGCUAAGAAACUUCUUGAGAGAUUGGAGAAAGGCAAUUUUAGAAGCUUGUUUAGCAAGAAAUAGUGAAGGAAGAAAUUUGUUAAUAUCAUUAUGCAGAA